AUGGCAAUUCGAUGGCCUCUCAAAACAACGGCGAAAGAAGAGGUGGAGGAGGCUGAACAGGAGGAAGCGAAGGCACGGGGCGGAGUCGAUCAUGAGAAAGAGAAGGAGGAAGCAAACAGCAAGGCCGGGGUCGAGGAAGAGAAGGAGAAAGAGGAAGCUCAGCCGAAGGAUGGGGUAAAGGGCAACAAGCGAAAGGCCGUACUACCCCCAGCCUACCUCUUCGGGGGAGCAGGUGGAACAGGAUCCGUCACAGGAGGGACGAUCGUACUCGGAUAG